CCGACCCCACCCCCUUUUCGCAUUGCGGGGUGGCCGACCUCCCACUUAACCACCACCCAUCCCCGACCCGCCCGAAUCCUUCCCCCCCGCAUCCCCAGGCCCUUGGGACUGGAGGCCCCCCUGCUUGGGCCCAGCUCCUCCCCCGUCCCCCCGGGGUGGGCCCGACGGGAUGGGUGCGGGGGACAGGGUGACGUCAGGCCGAGGGGGAGGCAGGAGAGGAAGAGCGGGAGAGAGGGGGUGGACCGGCCCCGGCUGCUGACACCCGGCUGAGGGAUCCCCCGGCUCCAGUGGUGGGGUUGGAAACCCCUCAGGUAGGGAGGAGAGCCACGAGGACCGGAGGGCCAGAGCCAGGGAGGGCCGGGAGAGGGAUGAGAGGAAAGGGGCGAGGCCCAGGCAGGGCCCCGAAAAGCUGGAGCUGAGAGGGGAAGGCAGGGAUCGGUGGAAAGGAGCGGUUGGAGGGUAGGCCCAAGCCCUCUCCCGCCUUUCCUCCCUCGCCAUGCCCUCUUGGCCCCUGCCCCUGGGCUGCCCGGCCCUCACGCUGCUCCUCGGGGCCCUCACUUCCCUUUUCCUUUGGUACUGCUACCGCCUGGGCUCCCAGGACGGCCCGGGCCCAGGAGCCGGUGGCCCGGGAGCGGGCACCGAGGCCGGGGACCCCGGCGAGGGAGCCGGGGCCGAAGGCCCGAUGAGCCGGAGACUGAGGGCCUACGCCCGCCGCUACUCCUGGGCCGGCAUGGGGCGGGUGAGGAGGGCCGCUCGGGUCGGGCCCGGGCCCGCCGGGGGCCCGGGCAUCCAGCGUCCAGCCCUGCUCUUCCUGCCGGACCUGCCCUCUUCUCCCUUCGUGCCCCGGGACGCCCAACGGCACGACGUCGAGCUCCUGGAGGGCAGCUUCGCCGCCAUCCUGCGGGACUUUGGCACCGUGAGCUGGGACUUCUCGGGGUCGCCCUCCCCGCCCCGGGGCUGGUCGCCCGCCCCGGCCCCCGGCUGCCACCAGUUUCUGCUGUACCGGGCGGGGAGGUGCCAGCCGGGCAACUGCCGCCGCUGCCCGGGGGCCUACAGGGCUCUGCGCGGGCUGCGGAGCUUCGUGAGCGCCAACUCCUUCGGCAACGCCGGCUUCUCCGUCCUCCUCCCCGGGGCCCGGCUGGAGGGGCGGUGUGGGCCCACCAACGCUCGCGUCCGCUGCCACCUAGGCCUGAAGAUUCCCCCAGGCUGCGAGUUGGUGGUCGGGGGGGAGCCCCAGUGCUGGUCGGAAGGUCACUGCCUGCUGGUGGACGACUCCUUUCUGCACACAGCCGCCCACAACGGCGCCCCCGAGGACGGGCCCCGUGUGGUCUUCAUCGUGGACCUCUGGCACCCCAACGUAGCCGGAGCGGAGCGCCAGGCCCUGGAUUUUGUCUUCGCGCCUGACCCCUGAAAGGAAAGCCUGGCAUCCGGGUCCCCUCCGCUUAAAGGAAUCCUUCAACCUCCCCGGCGGGGACUCUCUCCGCGGACGCCGGCGGGGAAGAUGAGGCCUGGGAUGCGAGGAUGGCUUGGGCCGGCCAUCCUCAUCCGGGCUGGAGGGGCUUUGGGACGGGCGUGGGGGAAGAAGGGCACCCACAGGAGCUGGUGAGACCUUGGAGCAAUAAUAUAAACCGUGACGCUCUCGCCAGUCUUCUAGAUUGUUCCUUCUGCACACCUGGGGCCCAGGGACAGUCGGACCUGAAGUGCCGGGGCCGGGCGGCGGUGGUCCUUCAGGCCGGGAUCGCAUUCGUGCCUCUGUUAAACUAAACCCCUCGCUAAACUAAUUCACCCCCGUCUCGGGACCCAGGCAGGAGCCAGGACUGGGCCUGACAGCUAGUAACCAGAUUCCUAUCCGCCGCCCACCCUCGCCCUCCCGCUUUUUCCUCACCCCGGCCCCUUCCCUGCCCACCCUGGCUGAGGGGCAGCAGCCUCUCUUCCCUCUCCACGGCCACACCCAUCUUUCCAACUCACUUUAUACCAAUAAUUUAAUAUAAAAUAAUAAAUUAUGCAAAGAC